CGGCUGGCGCUGGCGGGCGGGCGGCGCGCCGUGGUGCCGGGCGGCGUGCGCUUCGGCGCGCUGUUCGCGGUGCACGGCGCGCCGGCGGCGGCGGGCGCCCCGUGCGGCCCGGUGCGCGAGCACUACGGCAUCCAGCGCGUGGAGGCGACGCUGCUGGCGCUGCAGAGCAUCAACGCGGACGCGGCGCUGCUGCCGCGCCUGCAUCUGGGCGCCGAGCUGCGCGACUCGUGCUGGGCGCCCGCAACCGCGCUGCGCCAGACGAUCCACCUGCUCCGCGAGGCCAUCGCGCCGCCCGACGCGCCCGCCGCGCCCUCCGCUUGCUCUCCGGUCAGUAGCGCCUGCAGGAACACAUCACAACACAAGCCUGUGGACCAGCCGCCGCCGCGCAUGCGCGCGGAGGCGCGGCCGGCGGACGACGCGCCGCUGCUGGCCGUGCUGGGCCCGGGCGCCAGCGCCGCCGCCGUGCAGGUGCAGAACUUGCUGCAGCUGUUCUCCAUUCCGCAGAGCUACGGCCAGAGCGGCAUGGCGGCCUUCCGCGAGGAGGCGGCGCGCGGCGGCGUGUGCGUGGCGCGCGAGGAGGCGCUGCGGGCGGCGCCGGCGCGGGCCGCGGUGUUGGCGGUGCUGGCGCGGCUGGCGCGCGGGCCGCGCGUGGCGGUGUGCUGGUGCGAGGGCCGCACGGCGCGCGCGCUGCUGGCGGGGCUGGCGGCGCGCCCGGCGCUGCGGCUGCGGCUGCUAGCCAGCGACGGCUGGGCGGACCGGCGCGACGUGGUGGCGGGGCUGGAGGAGGCGGCUCGGGGCGCGCUCACACUGCGCAUCCGCUCGCCCUACCUGAAGGAGUUCGACGCGCACUACCUCGCGCUCAAACCUCACAACAACUCCAGGAAUCCCUGGUUUAAGGAGUUUUGGGAGCAGAAGUUCCAUUGCUCGCUUUCUGCGGCUGCGCCGGCGGGAACUCCACGCUGCACAGGUAUGGAGUCCCUGGCGACCAACUACACGCAGGAGCCGAAGCUGGCGCUGGUGGUGCGCGGCGUGUACUCGCUGGCGCACGCGCUGCACAGCAUGCGGCGGGCGGCGUGCGGCGAGCGGCCCGCACGCGGCCUGUGCGCCGCCAUGCUGCCCUUCAACGUGUCGCGCUACCGGCAGCACCUGGCGCGCGUGCGCUUCCGCGCGCCCGACGGCGGCCGCGUCGCCUUCGACGACAACGGCGACCCGCCGCCCGAGUCAGUAGCCGGCCCCCACCCCCCACCCCGCGCGCCGCCGCCCCCGCUCACCCCACUCGUGUUCCGCAGGCUGAGCGAGUACGACGUGAUGAGCUUCGAGCGCGCGGGCGCCGGCUGGCGCUACGUGCGC